UUCCUCUCUCUUUCUCUCUCUGAAACAUUCAUGGCAAAAGAAUCAUCAUCGCCACUCCAGCUCAAAACCCAUAUAACUAAAAGGAUAUGAGUGGUGGGCUGUUGUAUAUAGUUCAUAAUAAUUUCGCCAAGAGUUUGCUGGAAAGAAGAUAGCACAAGCUGUUUGUGUGGAGAAGAGCUAGCGAUGAGUAAGAGUAAUCUGGGCUCCAUCAGCAGCUCUGAUCUUAUCGAUGCUAAGCUUGAAGAGCAUCAACUGUGCGGAUCCAAGCACUGCCCGGGUUGUGGACACAAGCUUGAAGCAAAGCCGGAUUGGUUAGGUCUACCAGCAGGAGUGAAAUUCGAUCCAACAGACCAAGAACUGAUAGAACACCUUGAAGCAAAGGUAGAAGCGAAAGACAUGAAAUCUCACCCUUUGAUAGAUGAGUUCAUUCCUACAAUCGAAGGAGAAGAUGGGAUUUGUUAUACCCAUCCAGAGAAACUUCCAGGAGUUACAAGAGAUGGCUUGAGCAGGCAUUUUUUCCAUAGACCAUCAAAGGCUUAUACAACUGGAACAAGAAAGAGAAGGAAAAUUCAAACUGAAUGCGACUUACAAGGCGGAGAAACAAGAUGGCAUAAAACAGGCAAGACAAGGCCAGUAAUGGUGAAUGGAAAACAAAAAGGGUGCAAGAAAAUUUUAGUUCUUUACACAAAUUUUGGAAAAAAUCGAAAGCCCGAAAAGACUAAUUGGGUUAUGCACCAAUACCAUCUUGGUCAACAUGAAGAAGAGAAAGAAGGGGAGCUUGUAGUUUCAAAGAUAUUUUAUCAAACACAACCAAGGCAAUGCAAUUGGACUGAUAGGAGUUUAAAUACCGGUGAAGGAAGCAGUGAUCCUAAUAGCAGAAGAGAUAGUGGUAGUGGAAGUUGCUCUUCAAAAGAAGUGAUUCCUCAAAGAGAUGAAAUUACUGGAGCUGGUGUUGCUGCUGCACUUUCAAGUUACACUGCCAUGGAUAUGCAACAAUUAAAAUCUGAUCAUUUUGGCUUCCCUCCAUUUAGGAAAACUUUUGAUGAGGUGGGGAUAGCAGAGGCUUCAACGGGAAGGGAAGCCCCAGUUUCAGGCACGUGCGAUGAGAUUCGCGACCACCAUCAGAGGCAGCCACAUCAUAUGGCCCAUGAUCAUCAUCAUCAUCAGCAUCAACAGCCACAGCACCACCAUGUGUACCACCAGAUUGCUACUGCAGCAUUUCACAUCAGUAGGCCUUCACAUCCUAUAUCUACUAUAAUCUCUCCACCACCUCUCCAUCACACCUCCAUUAUUCUUGAAGACGACCCUUAUCAUGUCUCGAGAUUAAUGCUUCAAAACGAAAUCCAGCAGCAGCAGCAACAGCAGCAGCAGCAGCAGCAGCAGCAGCAGCAGCAACAACAUCAUAAACUAGGAGGAAGGUCUGCGUCUGGUCUGGAAGAACUCAUUAUGGGCUGCACUUCGACUGACAUUAAAGAAGAGUCAUCCAUUGCAAACCCACAAGAGCCUGAAUGGUUGAAGUACUCUCCCUUCUGGCCAGAACCUGACAACCAGGAUCAUCAUGGAUAGGAGCAAAAAUAAUAGAGAAUAAACAAAAAAGAAAAAGGAAAAAAAAAACCCUCAUAAACAACAUCAUUAUUAUCAUCAUCGUUAGUACUUAAUUAAAGCCCUCACACAAGUUCUUUUCAAGAAGAGGCCAAGAAACCAUCUCUGCGGUUUGCUCUUUUUCCUUCUUUUUUUCUUUCCCUCUUGAGGGGGCCUGCCUCAGGUUCCAAUGGCUCCCAACUGAACUAACUGUACAACAGUCCAUGUUGGAAAGAAGGAAAGAAAGAACAAAAGGAAAAAGGAAGAAAAAGAUAAGAAAGCAAGAAAGGCUGCUCUCUACUGACAAUAGAAGGAGAACCAAAGACCCAAAGCAAAAAUCUCUGUGCAUGAAAAUCAUCACCAAUAUGAUUACACUAUCAUCUUUAUGGCUCUAUAUUUUUAUUAUUUUAUUUAUUUUAAGAUAUUGUAUAAGUUCUUUUAUUGUUCUUUGAAAAGGAAAAUACCCCAAUAGUUUGUGCAAAUUGCAGGGAGAUAAACUUUGUUAAUUUGUUGUGUUUAGUCACUUUUUAGUAAAAUACGAAUAGGAAUUUAUAUGAUGUCUCUUUUUAGAAAUGAAAAAUGUGCUAUACAGAAUUGUUUAA